CUUUUCAGUAACAAAUAGAACUUGUAGUAUACAAAAUGAGCGACGUCCUUUACUGGUUUCUGUUCGCGAUUUUAGUGAGUUUGUUGGUAAUGUUCGCGAGUUAUUUACUAAUUAGAAUCAUAAGAAAUUAUCUAGAGAAAUCCAAUGGGGAUAUUAAACGAAAAGCGCCGAGUUUGAGCGAAUCAAUGGGUGAAUAUACAAUCACGUUUACUGAUGGUGAUAUUCAAAAGGAUAAUGAAGACUUGGAAGGAGAUAUUGAAAGCGAAGGAGUCUUUGAACCAACCAAUCCCCGGAGUCUCGAGACUCUUAAUUCCCUAUUAGACGUGGAGAAGAGGGUGAAAUUGGUCGAAAACGAGGCGAUUCUCUUCGCAGGAGGCAGAAAAAACCUUCGAUACUACGACAUCAACGAGCAGUUCAUCAAGUUGAUGAUCGAAUUGUGCGACAUAAAGUGCGACGAAAGCGAAUUGAGGGACAGAAAGAAACGAAUCAUGCUCCACAUAGAGCGUUGCCAGAAUGUUUUGAAAUUCAAAUGCUGUUAAUGUUUUAAAUAAAGUCCG